GUCCCCGUGAACUUAAUUUGAACCCAGCCAACCGGAAGCGGCUGCGGCUUUCCUGCCCAUAUUUGACGCGCUUCGUAGGAGUAAUUCAGAGAGAGUUUGAGGCGAGCAGCAGCACUGCUAAUCACCGACUCGCCUUUGACAGCCAGUAACUGCCACACAUGCAUGGAGUAGUCCCCCCAACACCAGCACCACCAGUGGAGGAUUUGGCUUUGUUUCUCGCCCUGUUGAACAGGUGCUGUCUCAGCCACGAGCACAGCCGCUGCGGCGUGAAGCCCCUGAUUGGACAAAGAGUGAGAUAAAGACGGGCACAGAACAACUAUGAGCAGCUGUUGGCUCUGAGCCUCUGUGCGCGUGGAAAACAGUCGUGCUGAAGUGCAGGAAGCCGCCAAACCCUGAGUGAAGGUUAUGCUGCCCAAAAGCUGUCUGAGUCCCAGCGAGAAAGAGAAGGGCUAAAGCCGCACCGGUCCAAACCAGCUUCCCAGAGCCGGACUAACAGCAACUCUCCCCCUGCAGAGCCAUGAGCAACCCCAGCGCUCCCAACCAGGUUACAGACGCUGUUGCAUCAGUUGUUCACAGCCCAGAGGCUUCUACAGCCUCUCCGCUUCACGGUCCCCAGCGGCGGGAGGAGGAAGACGAGGGCGACCUGAACAAAGCUUUGGGCGUUCAGCGUUUUCAGCACAUCCUUCGUCCUGCUGCCUCUGUGCCCGACGAGCUGCUUCACUCCUAUCAUGAGGAGGACAUCGAGUACCACCGUCACUAUUCCCGUCACAUCCACCGGCCUCUGUCCAAGCUGCCGACUGAGGGGAGGAGGAAAAAGGGCUUCAAGAAAAGGAAAAAGGACAAGGAUCAUAAAGGCAGCCGUACGCCCCCUAGUGGCCCCAUAGAGGAGGGGGAGGAUGAGGAGGAAGAGGAGGAGGAGAGCAUCGAGGCGGCUUCUGCUCCAUCAGAGUCGGAGAAACCAAGAGAUGUGGAGUUUUUCUUGUCGGAUGAAGAUCAAGACUCCAGACGUGGCAACUCGGCCCGAGAGCUGAGCGUCGUUCCUCAGUCUGCUGCGAGGGCAGAAGCCGAAGAUGUAUCGACCACCGAUAAACCCGACUCGACCAGCUCCCCGAGCCCCGCCUCCCGCUCGGCUUCGCCUGAAAACCCGCCUCUGACUCGGGUUUCCUCCGCCAGCCGCAGCUACGACCUGCAGGAGCGCCGACGGACGGGCAACAUGACGGGCGCCGAGCAAGCAAAGUACCAGCGCAUCCCCACGGACGAGAGCGAAGCGCUGACGCUGGCCUCCGCCGACCUGGAUGGAAUCAAAAGUCAUCGAUUCGAGGAUGUCCCCGGCGUGCGCAGACAUCUCGUCAGAAAGAGCACCAAGGGGCAGGUGGUGCACAUCGGCAAAGACCACAAGGAGCCGACGACCCGCAGCAGGAAGCAGGACCGCACCCCCCAUGAGGUGUUUGUGGAGCUGAACGAGCUGACCAUCGACAAGAACCAGGAGAUGCAGUGGAAGGAGACGGCUCGUUGGAUCAAGUUUGAGGAGGACGUGGAGGAGGAGACGGACCGCUGGGGGAAGCCUCACGUUGCUUCGCUGUCUUUUCGCAGCUUGCUGGAGCUCAGACGGACCAUCUCCCACGGCGCGGUGCUGCUGGACCUGGACCAGAAGACUCUGCCGGGCAUCGCCCACCAGGUGGUGGAGCAGAUGAUCAUUUCUGAUCAGAUCAAAGCGGAGGACAGAUCCAACGUCCUGAGAGCUCUGCUGCUUAAACACAGCCACCCGAGCGAUGAAAAGGAGCACGUUAGCCAUUUCCCCAGAAACAUCUCAGCAGCCAGCCUCGGCAGCCUUUUAGCGCACCACCACACCCCCAACCACAACCAUCAGCUGGAGCCGUCCGUGACCGACCCCCUGAUGGGCUCCCUCAACUCCACGGCGGACAACGACACUCGCAUCGACAUGGACAGGAAUGACCUACAGCAGAAGGAGCCGAGUCUGGGGCCCGGCAUGCAUCGGUCCAAGUCCAAACACGAGCUGAAGCUGCUGGAGAAGAUUCCUGAAAACGCCGAGGCCACCGUGGUCCUUGUGGGUUGCGUCGAUUUCCUGGAGCAGGCCACGAUGGCGUUUGUGAGGCUCCAAGAGGCGGUGGAGCUGGAGUCCGUUCUGGAAGUACCCGUUCCUGUCAGGUUCCUCUUUGUUCUGCUUGGACCUCCAACCACCAGCAUGGACUACCACCAGAUUGGACGCUCGAUCUCCACCCUCAUGUCUGACAAGCAAUUUCACGAGGCGGCUUACCUGGCAGACGACAGGCAGGACCUGCUGAACGCCAUCAACAGUUUCUUGGACUUAAGCAUCGUCCUGCCGCCUUCAGAGAUGGGAGACGACGAGCUGCUGCGCUCUGUCGCCCGCUUUCAGAGAGAGAUGCUCCGUAAGAGGGAAGAACAAGAGCAAGUUAAGCUGCUAGCCAAGGAGCCCAAAAGCUUUGAGGACAAAGAGGCCCUCCUCAAACCUUCAAAAAAGUCAGACGACCCCUUGGCGCGCACGGGCCGCCCCUUCGGAGGGCUUAUAAGAGACAUCCAGCGUCGAUACCCCAAAUACAUCAGCGACUUCAAGGACGCCCUAAACAGCCAGUGCAUGGCUGCGGUUAUCUUCAUCUACUUUGCUGCUCUCUCUCCAGCAAUCACGUUUGGGGGUCUGCUAGGUGAGAAGACGGACGGGCUCAUCGGGGUUUCUGAGCUGAUUGUCUCGACUUCCAUCCAGGGUGUCUUGUUCUGCUUACUCGGAGCUCAGCCGCUGCUGAUCGUGGGCUUUUCUGGACCUAUUCUUGUCUUCGAGGAAGCCUUUUAUAGUUUCUGCGAUGCAAACAACAUGGAGUACCUGACGGGCCGCGUCUGGAUCGGCUUUUGGCUCAUCGUGAUCGUGGUCGUCACGGUGGCCUUCGAAGGCAGCUUUCUGGUGCGCUUCGUCUCCCGCUUCACCCAGGAAAUCUUCUCCUUCCUCAUCUCCCUCAUCUUCAUCUGCGAGACCUUCAUCAAGCUGGCCAGGAUAUUCAAGGAGCACCCGCUGAAACGCUGCUCCCUCAACAGCACCGCAGAAGGGGAAGCGUUUGCAGAAAACAUCACGGUGACGCAGAACAACAGCACCCAGGUCGUCACGGUUACCGGGGAGCCCAACACCGCGCUGCUCUCUCUGGUCCUCAUGGCCGGGACGUUUUUCAUCGCUUUUUACCUGCGCAAGUUCAAGAACAGCGCCUUCUUCCCCGGAAGGUUUCGCAGGAUUAUUGGAGACUUCGGAGUCCCCAUUGCCAUCCUCAUCAUGGUUCUGGUGGACUACAGUGUGGAAGACACGUACACACAGAAACUGAGCGUCCCCAGCGGGUUCUCUGUGACGAGUCCCGACAAACGAGGCUGGAUCAUCCAUCCUCUGGGCUCGGACGGCGAAUUUCCCAUCUGGAUGAUGUUCGCCUGCUGUUUGCCCGCUCUGCUGGUGUUCAUCCUCAUCUUCAUGGAGACUCAGAUCACCACGCUCAUUGUCAGCAAGAAGGAGCGGAUGCUGCUCAAGGGCUCCGGUUUCCACCUGGACCUCCUGCUGAUCGUGGUCCUCGGCGGCUGCUCCGCUCUGUUCGGCCUGCCGUGGAUGGCCGCCGCCACCGUUCGCUCGGUCACCCACGUCAACGCGCUCACGGUCAUGAGCAAAGCCGUCGCCCCCGGAGACAAGCCUCGCAUCCAGGAGGUGAAGGAGCAGAGGGUCACCGGCCUCCUGGUUGCCAUCAUGGUUGGUAUGUCCAUUGUGAUCGGUGACCUGCUGCGUCAGAUCCCCCUGGCCGUGUUGUUUGGCAUCUUCCUCUACAUGGGGGUGAUGUCGCUCAAUGGCAUCCAGCUAACAGAGCGAAUGCUGCUGCUGCUCAUGCCACCAAAGUAUCACCCUGACCACACCUACGUACGCAAGGUUCGUACGUGGCGCAUGCAUCUGUUCACCUGCAUCCAGGUGGUGUGUUUGGUCGUUCUCUGGUUGGUCAUGUCCACUCAGGCGUCUCUGGCUUUCCCUUUCGUCCUCAUCCUCACCGUCCCUGUCAAGAUGUUUGUGCUGCGUCGCAUCUUCAAUGAAAGAGAGAUGACAUGUCUGGAUGGCGAUGAUGCAGAACCAAAGUUUGACGAGCGCGACUGUCACGACGAGUACUCUGAGAUGCACAUGCCGGUGUAGCUGCGCUGCCGAGCCUCCAAUCACCACUGAGCUGAACUCCACUGAACACCGAAACCUGUCAAACCAGUGAGCUCUGGGUCAGAAACUUGAAUUAAAAAGCCCGCUGGAGGGCCUGGUCAAUAAUGCCUCCAUCUGGGCGCCUUUUUGUGCUGGAUAGCGUCAGGUUUCUGUGUCUCAACAGAACAAAGUGAAGAGAUUUAGCUUCUUCUUCUUUUUUUUCCCAUGACUUUAUUUAAACAUUUAUUUCAGGGGAGAUAAUAUUCCAAAUGAAACAAAGUGAUCACAAACUAAAUAAUAUAUAGCAGUACAUGUGUGUGCAAAACCGAUUAGUUUUUAGCCCUGAAAGGUUGCUAUGAUUCACAUUGAAUAUGUGGAAGAUAUCUAGGAUACAUUCCUGUAAUAUUAACAUGUUGUUAGUGCUAGUCAUGUUAUGUUUUUCCUCUUCCUUUCAAACCCACUAAGCGCCUUAUGAAGGAAAUAAGAUAUACUGAGCUGUUUUUUCCCACCUCAUUCUGUCUGGUUUUAGACAGUCAAUCACUUUAAACACAAUGCUUGUAGCACUUUUCAUGAGAAACCAAAUCUGAACUGUAUUGUAUGUAAUUAUUUUAGCUGCUUAGUGGUCUUAUAAACCUCAAACUGUGAUGUUGCUUUAGAUAAUGGAUUUUUAGCCCGCUCUUUCAUUAUUAUUUUUUUUUUUUAAUGUGGGGAUGCUGCAGUUUAAAUCAAAUUCAGUGCCUGCAGUGAUGCAAGACGACCAGCAGAGGGAGAUCUUGGAUUACUGUUAUGUUUCACCAAAAAAACCCGCAAUUAUGUUGUUACAUUAAUGCCAUGAAAUCAUGUUUCUAAUCAUGCAGAGUUCAUUGUUUUUAAUUUAAAAUGUCACCAUGGUAUCGUAAAUACACUUGAGUUGUCUACAUGCACAUGUGCAGGGCACUAAUGUUCAAAUGUUUUCACUCGGUGAGGCUGGUUUAUGGGAGAUGCUGUAAAUUUAUCACUACUUGUCCAAGUGCCAAACAUCUACUAUGUGGGAUGCAGUCAGAAUAAUAAGCUGUAGCAGUUUUGGUCAUCUCUGAUUUUUCUUGUUCUGACACUCUUAAAAACAUUCCAGAUUUUAAUGUUGUUUUUAUUAAGUAAAGGUUUAAUCAUUUCAGUUAAAACCAAAUUUCUGCCCAGACUGUGCAGAAAAUGCUAAUAACUGAUGCAUAUCUGCAAGGGAAGGCUUUUUAAACGAUGUUUUAUUCUAUUUAAUUUGUUUUAAUGGUUUGCAUCAUGUUGCAUCAGUGUGACAUGGACCGGUUAAAGCUUUGACUGUGUCAAAUACCUUAACACUGUCUGACUUCUGUUACAGCCACAUAUGUAUGUCAAACACUACUUUCCCCCUUUUUGAGUCGUCCCGCCUCAUCCUGACAGAGACAGUGCCUUUUUUUUUGAGUCAAAAGUCGCACAAAGUCUCAAGUGCCUGUGUGUGUGUGUGUGUGUGGGGGGGAGUGGUGAUCCACGACUGGCGCAUGUUACAGUGUUCAGCACUUUUCAAUCAAACAUCUCUGAAUUAUGCAUCUGCUGUUUGUUUAAUGAGUUCUACAGAAGGUUUAUCUGCUUUUACUGUGUACAGACACUCAGCUGCGCUUUAUGUACGACAAAGGUUUGUUAGAGGUGCCGUUUUUUUUUUUUUGUGCAGUCUGUGUCGUUUCUGAUCAGUGUGCCUCUGUAGCUGCAGAUUUUGUGAUCAAGUCGUUACGAAGUGCGUAGGUUUGUUUCUGUUGCAAUAUGAAGUCCUCGAAGCUGUCGCUGAUGAGUUGUGCAUCGAUGGUUCCGAUAUUGAUGACAAAUAAAAGUUAUUUUCUAUUUA